AUGCACAAGGUUGUGAGUCUGCUUUUUUUGUUCGGUUUCGGAGCUGCAGCAACACAAAUACAUAAAGAUGAUCUUCCAUCAAAGUUCAUUAAACGUUUGACACCGUUAUCAAAACAAAACAAUAAUGGUAUUGAUUGGUGUCCAGAAUGUGUUGACACAUUCGACACUUUAAUCUAUUUUGUGAUUGAUGGUAUUAUGGAAUUGGGUAUUGCAACUACAUGUAAUGAUCUUUGCAAUUAUGUUACCCAGAAAUCAACAAACCCUUACUUAUCAAUCAUUUGUUCUGUCGGUUGUGAUAUCGUCGGAAUUAACGAAUUUAUCAAAAUAGCUACAGAUAUUGAUUUGGAUCCAAUUUAUUUUUGCGAAAAGUUAACACUUUGUCCAGUCUUUGAUAAUGGUGAUGCGAAGUUUUUAUCAUUUAUUAUUGCUCCACCGCAUGCACAAGCUUACACUAAAUUUGUAUUUGAUUUGAGCUACCAAACUUUUAAUGGAACUGGUACAGGCCAAAUGCUCGUUGAUGUUCAAACUAUUGACGGAAUAAAAGUUUCUUCAUUUUACUUGAUCGAAGCAAAAAAAACAGGCAGAUAUGCUGAACGUCUUAGUCUUGAUACAACACCAGAUCCAGAUUGUGAAUCUGCUGUCAAUCCUUGUGAAGAAUGGUUUCCAGGUGUAUAUAAUGUGACAGUUAAGAUCUGUAAUGGAGAAUGUGGUUCACAUCAUCCUCAUAGUCAAAUUUAUGAUACAAUUCAACGUACUUUUCAAAUCGAUAAAUAA